UAUUUACUUGUUUUUUUGCACAGAGGUGCUGGAGUUUUAGAGCAGCUCUGCGCUGGAAGAUGAAGCCCUGCUGGACCGAGCAAUAAGGAUUACAGCGAUUUGACUUUAUAAAAGAGAAGAAAGGACCGUUAUAUCUGCCAGAGAACUUUAUACGUAUUUCAGGAUGCCGCGCUCAUUCCUAGUAAAGAAGCAUUUCAAUGCAGCCAAGAAGCCGAAUUACAGUGAACUGGAGAGUCCAACAGUGUUUAUUUCCCCAUAUGUCUUAAAAACCCUCCCGGUGCCUGUUAUACCUCAACCUGAAGUGUUAAGCCCUUUGGCGUACAACCCGAUAACAGUGUGGACUACCAGCAACCUGCCCCUGUCACCCCUGCCCAGCGACCUGUCCCCCAUCUCUGGAUACCCCUCGUCCCUCUCCGACACGUCCUCUAAUAAAGACCACAGCGGCUCGGAGAGCCCCAGGAGCGAUGAAGACGAGCGGAUACAGUCGACCAAGCUGUCAGACGCUGAGAAGUUUCAGUGCAGUUUGUGCAACAAGUCCUACAGCACAUAUUCGGGACUCAUGAAACACAAGCAGCUGCACUGCGACGCACAGACCAGGAAGUCAUUCAGCUGCAAGUACUGCGAGAAGGAAUACGUGAGUCUAGGGGCCCUGAAGAUGCACAUAAGGACACACACACUACCCUGCGUUUGCAAAAUGUGUGGGAAAGCUUUCUCCAGACCUUGGUUGCUGCAAGGACACAUUAGGACACACACAGGUGAGAAACCCUUUUCAUGCCCCCACUGCAGUCGUGCAUUUGCGGACCGGUCGAACCUCCGAGCUCACCUGCAGACUCACUCGGACGUGAAGAAAUACCAGUGCAAGAACUGCUCCAAAACCUUCUCUCGCAUGUCGCUGCUGCACAAACAUGAGGAAUCUGGCUGUUGCAUUGCACACUGAGAGAGAAUCACACACGCACGCACACACACACACACACA